GACCCGGCACGGAACAUGCGGUCGUCGGCGUCGUUUCCGCCGCCACCCACCGCCGGCGCGCGGCCCAACACCACCGUAUCCUCGCCCCCUGCUGUCUCCUCGCGCGGUCUCAUCUCGCUUUCCGGCGCCUCGAGGGCUGUAUCCGGUUCCUUCCAGCAACGGCGAGCAUCCCCUAUCACCGGAAGGCCGCGCGUGCUGAGUCCCAUCCGAUGUUCUGAUAGCUCAGGCGAGGUUGACGCACUCAAUAUUGAAGAAACCAAGCAGCCACUAGGAAGCUCCACUGGCACAAGAAAUUAUGGCAAAGAUAUUUUGAGAUUUUUCCAACCCAAAGAGUUGCUAGAAAAAUUAAAGAGAUAUGGUGCUGCUGGAGUUUUGGCAUAUGGACUGCUUAAUACCGUGUAUUAUGUCACAACCUUUUUAUUAGUUUGGUUCCGCUUUUCUCCUGCUCCUGGUAGAAUGGGUUAUGCUGCGGCAGUUGAGAGGUUUCUUAAAUUAAUGGCAAUGGUGUGGGCUGGCAGUCAAGUUACUAAAGUUCUUCGGGCAGGAGGAGCCCUGGCAAUGGCUCCGUUUGUUGACAGAGGGCUAAAAUGGUUCACAAUCAAGUUCAAUUUCAAGUCAGAGGGAAAGGCAUUUGCCACAAUCGUAGGGCUGUGCUUUGCACUUGCUGCUGUCAUGUUCGUUGGAUUAACAGUACUUUGGGCAUAGCGCAUCUGUUGCUGAGGGCUGAGGGAUCAUGGCAAGAUGCUGCGGAGGUAUAGGGGCAUAGGUUUCCAGACUUAACUAAUUGGUGUACGACACCUUCAACAUAAAUAUAUUCAUGUAUCAAGAUCCUGUCGGGCUUGUGUUUAGACCUAGUGCAAACUGAGCAGCUUGUGGUGUGGAAAUGUAAUCUGUUCUGAUGUUCAGAAAGCCCCUGGAUUGAAACAUCAUCAUGCUCUUCUAGCCGGUUUGCAACUUUUUGUUGAUCAAAUAAGAACUCUAUUUCCCCCCUUU